CUACAGCUCAUUACAGUUGAUUACUAAGGGUACGUCUAACAUUGCACGUCGACGUGCCCGUCGAAGUGGUGUUGUUUGUUUGUUGUGAUGUGUCUGGUCUCCGCGGAGAAAACCUGAAGCAUGAGCGGGAAGGCUAGGUUACGACCUCGGCCCAGGCGGCGGGACGAUCUACAUGAAAAGAAACAAGACUUGCUGCUUGCAUGGAGCGACGAAGUGUGCAAUAGCGAGGAGGUGCCCGAGGUAGAAAUCGUUAGUCUUCUCCAAGAACAUAUACCGAAAUAUCGCCUUCGAGCCGACAGUCUCACACAAUUUGGAGGCUACGAGAACCAGGACUGGUUCAUCCCAUCGCCGGCGUUGCCAGUCAGCGACAACGACCUAGCACUCACUCCCGAUCAGAUCAGGGAGACGCUUAAUUAUUUCCUUCUAUGCAGCAACAGGGUGAGCCAAAUGACAAAAACCUACAAUGACAUCGAAGCAGUAACACGGCUCUUGGAAGAAAAAGAGAAAGACUUAGAGUUAACAGCCCGCAUCGGAAAGGAGUUGCUGGCCACAAAUGGCAUUCUAGAAGCGCGGGUCAACUCUCUCGAAGGCGAACUGCGGAGCGCCAGAGACCACAUCACACAGCUGAGGCACGACCUCACUGCAAAGACUGAUUUACUGCAGAUUCUAACCAAUGAUACAGAGGAGGGCUCGACCCCGUCUGAGCAGGAAGCGGCUCAGGAGGCGGCGCUGCGCAAGCGCACCGGCGCGCUGGAGCGCGAGAACCGCGCCCUGCGCGACGAGGCCGCGCGGCUCGCCGCCGGCGCCGACCAGUGCGAGCUGGCCGAGCGGCAGCUGCUGCGGGACAUCGCGCAACAACUCGCAAGUGCGAACUCAGAGGCUGGUGUACUGGGUUCGGAGCUGGCGGAGGAGCGGCAGCGCUCAGCGGAAUUUCAGCAACAGUAUGACUCCGUCAACUCGAGGCUCGCUGCCACGGAGAAGAAUUUGCAGCAGAUAACUGCGGAGCACCAGCAGACGUUGCGGAUAUUAGAAAUAACUAAGGAUAACCAAAAUGCGUUGGCCGCGGAACUGGCGGACACGAAGGAGCGGUACCUCGAGGUGGCCGCUCACCUCGCCGAGGCUCAAGAGCAGCUUCGACAGCUGCGCAAACGAACCGAGCCGACACGGGGUCUCAUGCCGAGCGUGGCGGCAUCGGCCGGUCUUCUCCCUGCCAGUUUACAUAGAGAGAUGCACUCAUCGAUAUACUCUGAGCUUAGCAUGGAUUCUGGCAUCGGCAUCGGCAGCGACCCUAUGCAACAAUCGAGUAUGGCGAAAGUGUUCGAAACGGUGCAGUGUGCGUCACGAUGGUCCGGCGCGUCCGGUGUGUCCGGCGCGUCGCUGGCCGGGUCCGACCAGCCGGACGCGCCGCUGCCGCGGUCCUCCUACCUCCUCCCCAAGCCCAAGCUGUCCAGUGACUCCUUCUUCGAAGACUCUGACACGGACUCGGAUGAUCUCUACCCUGGCGGCACCGUCGAUGGAGUGCCAGGAGCGCCGGGCGCAGCCGAGCUGGCAGCGGCGCUUCGAAGGCUCACACCUCAAGAGAUCAACUCGAGGCGUGCCUCGUUGGCUGCCUCGCAUGUGCUCAGGCAUCGACGUAGCACAGAUCGUGAUAUAAGCGAAGAAAGCGCAGUAUGGGGUGCCGGCGCGGCGGGUGGGUUAGCUCGCUUCCGAGCGCCACACAAACUACAGAUAGUCAAACCUAUGGAGGGCUCUCUCACCUUACACACGUGGGCGCAGCUCGCCAAGCCGACCAUGUCAGGGUUACUAGAAGAGCAGGAAGGCGUUGGCGUCCGCGGCUCCCGCUCGUCGCAAGCCCUCGGGCUGCGCAUGUACCGGCUCUCCGACGUGGAGGAGGACGACGACAUGCCGCGCCUGCCGCACUCCAGCCACGUCUACACCUUCACCAACAGCACGGUGAUGCAUCCAAACGACGGCAGCCUUGUAAGCAGCACACGCGGCAGCAGCGUCAGCUCAGGCAUGAGCAGCCUCAGCUCCUCCGUGCUCGGCAGCGCGUGGAGUUCACGUCUUACGUCACGGAGGUCUUCGGCAGCUGUGUCACCAGUGUUGUCAAGACGGGAGUCCUUCUGCGAGAGAGUCGAACGGCAUUUCACACCUACGGCUACGCCGGCUAAUAGUCCACUGCUGGGCUCGCCGGAUUCUUCACCACCUGCUACGCCCAGACCAGGCGACGCCCCGCCCUCGCUGCACGCGCUGAUCGCGUCGGGCACGUCGAUCCUGCGGCGGCGCUACCUGACGUCGCCGGCCGCCGACGGGUCGCCCGCGCCGCUCGCGCUGCAGACGCCCGGCUCGCUGUACACCGGCCUCGUGCACCGCAGCCCCAUGGAGCAGCUCACCUGCCUCAAGCGCACGCUGCGCUCGCCCUUGGCCGCCGCCGAGCGCCAGGAGUCGUUGCUGGGCGUGCCCGCGCACCCCGGCGAGGGCGCGCUGGACGUGCCGGCGGCGAGCGCGGCGCCGGGCGGCAGGAGGCCGCGCGCGCGCGCCCCGCGGCCGCGCUCGGACCUGGGCACGGUGGCCGCGCCGCCCGCGCCCACGCCGCCGCCGGAACGGAACGCCUCCCCGCUCGGCACGCUCAGCACGCUCCUGUUCGGCAGAAAGGGCGGCCUUCUAUAAUUCGAGCGGUGAUCGCGUUUUGUUCCUUCGGUCCGUGGACCUUCCGACCCGACGUACGGGGAAUCGAGUGAGAUUGAAAUAGUACGGUUGACGAUUCGGUCGCCGCUAAGCUAACGAGAUAUCUAGAGUGAUUAUUAGAUUUUCUCUACUGAAUCUUACCUCCGUAGGAUUAUAAUUGCUUCUGUUUCGCUCCGAGUGCGAUUGUGGUUUUUUAGCUGAUUUAAUCUGAGAAUUAUCCGCGAACGGGUCGUUCGCCUUGAUAGAUAAUGUUUUACGUUUUGAUAUCCUAUUAUGUUAUUUGUGUAUAGUCGUUUUACCUUUGACGUGUAUUUUUCGUAGCGAAUUAUUUAACUUUAGUCAGCGGCUUUGUGCAUUUAUAAAAUGUUUUUUUCGGGGAUUGAACUUGAGAUCUUUUUUUUUGUAGUCUGAAUUGAGUUUGAUUAGCGGCAUUUUUCUGUCUCUUCCUCUCUCUAUAGAACAUUCCUUUAAAAGAGCUCAAGUGUUUUUACGCUUUAUGUUAAAAAGAGAGAAUUGUCAUGAGGACCAGGCGUGCACUUAAAUAAUUUACUUGACAAAAGAACGUGCAACGCGAGUACACGGUAUAAUAAUUGCAGCUGUCCAGACAGCUGAACAUCUGAAAGUUAGGACAGCACGGCACGACUAUCAAAACAUCAAACAUAUACUUUUAACGUUCUAGUUACUGGGAAAUACAAGAUAGUCGUGCAUAGCUUUUUAAAUCUUCAACUAAAUAUACGUGUUUGUAGUUCUUUUGUCAAUGUGUAGAUGAUUGUAUACCAAAAUAAUAAUAAUUAAGCGAGAAAUUAAAUAAAACAAUUAAAUUAUAUUUGGGGAGUUAACGGACAACUCGAUUCGUUGUAGUUUUUCUUUGCUAACGAGACCCCGUGUCGAACAGUGUAUUAUUUUAUUUUGGUUGUGUUAUUUAUUUAUUAGUAAUCUGAGACUUAACUCUAGAAUUUACGUAGACGCUUUGUCAAGAAGUAGUUAUUGAAGUGGUCGUAUUACGAUAAGAAUUCGCGCUUAUCAAUAUAAAUUCUGUAAUUGAUAAAUCAUUAUGUAUCAUUGUAAAUAUGUAAUCAAACUUCCAUUUAAGUAGGAGAGUACAAAUUUAAUUAUGUUUUGUAAAUCAAAACCUAGUAAUAUGUAUCAUUGAUUCAGUCAUACUUUGAGACUCAUUAUCGCAAUGACCACACUCAUUUGUACCUUUUAUAGUUUCACUGCAGAUCCUUUGGUUGAUUGUAAAUAUGUAUGUUUAAUUUAUUUUCUCAGUGAUGACGAGCUGACGGCCACGUCGAUUCAUUUAGUUGCUUUAAUUAAAGUUAAUUAGUGAGUAAACAUGUUACUAACUUAGGGUCUGAGUAAUAUAAUGGUGCAUGCCAUAGUGUAAGUAGUAUCGAAUUCAUAUUGGAGGUGAAUCAGCAAACAAGAGUGUAUGUAAAUCAGUUGCAGAACUUAAACAGCUGUCUUCAUUUGCCGUCGUUUAGUUAAAUGAAUAAUCAGUGAUUAACUUUAGGUUCUGAAAUUGGUGCUAUAUAGUUUUUAAUGUUAUUAUUGGUUUGUUUAUUUCAAAUGAAUGUGAUUAGGUGUCGUAAAUUUACAGAAUUAUUAUAAUUUUUAACCAGAUUGGUAUUGUGUUGUUUUCUGUAGCGCGUCUAUUGAUUUUUGAUUUGGCGUCGUGUACUUGAACCAUCUGUAAGUAGUCAGGUGAGGCUGUGAGGCGAGUGCGAGGUUCUGAUUCCCGAGUGAGAGUACCCGAGCCUUAGGCACAAAUAAACUCUAGAGUAAGGGUAAUUUGUUGAGAUUUGACAUCAAAAAUGAUAAUUAUUGUAUUAUAAUUGCAGGAAUAUAAUUUAUUCGAAGAUAA